AUGUCACAUUUAAAAAGACAACAGGAUUUAAGAAGACAACCAAGAGGCAAUAACGUGACUAAGGUGACUAAGGCAUUCACUAGUUGUAGGCAAAGGCACGCAAGAUGCUUUGGAGGAGUACCUUAUUAUCGUUGUACAGAACAUAAAUUUGAGCGUAUUUUUAUUGAUUCGAGUAAAAAACGUGGGUCAAAGAAAAUUAUUCGAAAUGAAAAAGUUAAUUAUUUAAAAAUUGCUCACGAAUAUUCAAAGUUAAGUAAAAAAGUAAAUGACUUAAAUAUCGUUCAAAAUGAAGAUACAAUGGUAUGGGAAAACUUAAAGGCUGAGUUUAGAACAUCCAAUAUAAAAGAGUUUGAUUAUUCUCUCUUCAACAUCCAGAAGCAGAUUGGAAACGGUGAAUUUUCAAUCGUAUACUCAGCUGAUUUAAAAGGAGAAAUGUAUGAGCAAUGUAAUAACAAUCAUGAAGAUAUUAAUCCAUCUUUAACUGUGACAAAUUUUUCUGAAACUAAACAAAACAUGCCAACGGUUGAAUACAACAAAGAAAAUUCGUCUGCUAAACUGAAUGAAUCGUUAGAAGUUAAAUCUGACAUUUUAAUUUUGGACGCACACUGUAAAUGUAUACAAUUUCUAAGACAAACUGAGCCUACGUUGGAAAACACUGCUGCCUCACAGGUCGAUAAUGAUAUUAAUUCGCCUCCGCUUGUUCCGAAGAGUGACGUAACUGUCACGAUAUUUAAUUCUAUAAAACAUUAUGUACGGAGAAGACGAAGAGCAAGGAAGAUUCCGAGCUCUACACUUCCGAGUUCUAAAUAA